ACACACCCGCACAGACUGUACGCGGUGUUCACGGCAAAGGAUGCUGCAGACAACAUGAUAAGGUGAAUACCAUCGACYGUCUCCAAUUGGAAAUCCAUUGCACCCCCCCUCCUUUCCCCUCCCCACUUGAGGACCUGCUUGUCACAGCUGGUUCCUGACUCCAGCGGGAGCAUCAGCUCUCAGGCAGAAAUGAGACAGAAACCUGCAGUCAGGUCCUAGGUGACAUCCUGUGGCCGUCAAGUCGACACAGCGCUGGCCGCCCCUCCCUCUCCCGGCUCCCACCUGCAGUUCUCCAGGCUGCAGGACCCAGACUCAUUGAAAAGUGCAGGCCUCCUCCCCCUGCAGUAUGACUGUUGCCACAGGCGACCCCUCCGACGAGGCGGCCGCCCACCCGGGACACCCGCAGGACUACGACCCAGAGGCCGACCACGAGUGCUGCGAGCGGGUGGUCAUUAACAUCUCAGGGCUGCGCUUUGAGACGCAACUCAAAACCCUCUCGCAGUUUCCAGAAACUCUACUGGGGGACCCCAAAAAGAGGAUGCGCUACUUCGAUCCCUUGAGGAACGAGUACUUUUUCGACAGGAACAGACCCAGCUUYGAUGCCAUAUUGUACUAYUAUCAAUCAGGAGGUCGGUUGAGAAGGCCGGUCAACGUCACCCUCGAUAUMUUCUCAGAGGAAAUUCGCUUCUAUGAGCUGGGCGAGGAGGCCAUCGAGAUGUUCAGGGAAGACGAAGGUUUCAUCAAGGAGGAGGAGCGGCCUCUUCCCGACAAUGAGUUUCAGAGACAGGUGUGGCUGCUCUUUGAGUACCCAGAGAGCUCAGGUCCUGCUAGGAUUAUCGCCAUAAUCUCAGUCAUGGUCAUCCUGAUAUCUAUUGUCAGCUUUUGCUUGGAGACACUUCCCAUUUUCCGCAACGAUGAGGAUGAAAUGCACAAGUCUCACGCGGAAGUGUUUUCACCCGAGACCAACACCACAGUAACCAGGUACACGUCCACCUACUUCACCGACCCCUUCUUUGUCCUGGAGACUCUCUGCAUCAUAUGGUUCUCCUUUGAGUUUUUAGUGCGCUUCUUCGCCUGCCCGAGCAAGGCGGGCUUUUUUGGGAAUAUUAUGAACAUUAUCGACAUCGUCGCCAUCAUCCCUUACUUCAUCACUCUCGGCACGGAGCUGGCCGACAGGGCGGAGGAUGGUCAAGCGGGUCAGCAGGCCAUGUCUUUAGCCAUUCUCAGGGUCAUACGAUUGGUGCGAGUUUUCAGGAUUUUCAAGCUGUCUCGCCACUCCAAGGGGCUUCAGAUUUUAGGUCAGACCCUGAAAGCCAGCAUGAGAGAGCUGGGCCUGCUCAUUUUCUUUCUCUUCAUAGGGGUCAUCCUGUUCUCCAGUGCUGUGUACUUUGCCGAGGCGGAUGAGCCCGAGUCGCAGUUUGAGAGCAUCCCGGAUGCGUUUUGGUGGGCCGUGGUGUCCAUGACCACAGUUGGCUAUGGUGACAUGGUCCCAACUACAAUUGGUGGCAAGAUCGUGGGCUCCCUCUGUGCCAUUGCGGGUGUGCUGACCAUCGCCUUGCCAGUGCCUGUCAUUGUGUCCAACUUUAACUACUUCUAUCACCGUGAGACUGAAGGUGAAGAACAGGCUCAGUACCUGCAGGUCAAUGUGGCCAAAGCUGACUCAGCCGAGGAGCUGAAGAAGAGCCGGAGUGGCUCCACCAUCAGUAAAUCAGACUAUAUGGAGAUCCAAGAGGCUGUGAACAACAGCAACGAGGACUUUCAGGAGGAAAAUCUUAAGACUGCCAACUGCACACUGGCCAACACAAACUACGUAAACAUCACCAAGAUGCUCACAGACGUGUAGCUGUCUGGUUUUCUCCCCAUCAGAGGGGGACAUGUGGAACUGAGCAACCGAAUGGGAGAGAUGUACACCCUGCCACCUUAAGUGUGAUGGAAAAACAAGGCAAUAGAAUACAGAAUGUUGGUGAUGAUUUCAAAAAUGUCUUCACUCUUCAAAACUCAAACUUCAAUUUGUUGCAUGGAGUUGGCUUUGUCUGAGUGGCUGCUUAAAAAAAUGCCAUUACAUACAAAUGUUCUGCUCACAACAACAGGAGAAAAAAAGCGAAAAAAAUAACGCGUUUUAGAAAAUUUGCUGUCAAACAGGAAAAAGUUGUAACACAACACAAGUCCUGCUUUCGUUUCCCGUCCCAUCACCCCUCAUUUCUCAAGGCACAUGCUCUGACACGCACUUUCCGAAGAACCUGCCAUGCACUACAUACGCUGCUUCUUGGAGCCAAUGAAACAAAACUGUCUCAUGCGUUACCAUUUAGAGAUAAAAAAAAAGAUGUGUGAUUAUAAAGCAAGCCCACUCCAGCGCUGGUAUGGCCCAAGGGUGACUUGUGACAAAGUUGGUGGUUAAGUACACCGUUAUUUUAAGGAUGAAUGACAGCCAUCAGCUCUCAGCUUAUGGCUUGACAUCUUUUAUUCCCCCGUAGACAUCAGUAUCUGAUGAAUGACUGAGAAUGGCCUUGAAUUUUCACUGCUUUGGUUUUAUAUGUACUGUAUAUAUUGCAAUGCAAGCUUCCCCACCUUCAUUCACCCAAGCUGGUCUUACUGCAGAGCUUUGAGACGACUUGAAUGUUUCUUCUCAUUUUGUAUUUCACUGCUUCACAAAUAGAGUACUUAUCUGCAUAGAUAGGUAGCUUAACUGUGACUGAACUGAUAGCCAUUAGGUAGGCAGGUGGUGUAAUUAGAAAACAUAGUCAGUAGAUUACUGCAUGAUUUUUUUUAUCUCAAUGAGAAGGUCCACUUGUUUCUUAACUGCCACUCGCUUCACCCGGUCACUGUAUAUCUGUCUGCACACUGCCUUCUGUACAAAUCCACACUUUAAAAAAAGAAUGCCUGUGGGUAGUUGUUACAACUGCCUAAAGCUGUAAGUGUGGAGCUUAUUAGGAUUAAUCGUAAGGUUAAAAGGACGUGUAUCAAUAUUAACAUUCCAUGUAGAAGUCAUUGCCAUUUAACGUUUGCCAGACUGCUACAAACUGAGCUGUGAUUUGGGACGUCAACUCAAACUGUGUUUCUGGACUUUGAUURCAGCUGCAGAAGCGAUGUAUCUUUCACAGGUUCAUCAAAUAGCAUCCUUGUGAUCAAAAUAGCAGCCUUUAAGGAAUCGUGUAUAAAAAAAUCUUCCCUUUACCUGCCAUUUAUCUGGGUUUAAGCUAUUCUCCUAGUCUUGCAUGACCUUAAAAAGACACGUCUAGCAUGCGUUUAAGCUCAAAGAGGAAGCCUUUAAGACAGAAAAAAAAUGUUGCCGUAGGUAUAUUUAUUACUUAUAUAUGAACCAAUAUAAACUGUCAGAACACAUUUAGAGUACACAUAAGCUUUUAUCGGAGAAUUUAUAAACACAGAAGGGCGAUGUUUAAGAAUAAGCARAAGCUUUUCCGCAAUGUGCAGCUAAUUGUCCUUUUUUAAUAGUAAUAAUAAUUGUUCUGAGCACUGUUCUUCGGUUUUAGAGCCUGUUCAGAGUGCCAAAGACACUCUCACUUGCCAUUUUUAAAUUGUCUCAUUGUUUGGUGAGUUUUUUUAGAUAACUUGACACAUGCGCUGUAGCUGCAGACAUUUCCUUCACUUAAAUCAAGACUGCCCUAUAGAUAAAUAGCUGUUUAAAGCACCUCUAAGCUUUUACACAGAGAUGUUUAUUGACAUUACUUCAGUUGGAAUCUAAAUGGAGUCUAACUGUCCUCUGAAUGAGUCUCUGAUGCCAGAAGCGCAAAUGUGUCUUUAAAGGUUGGCACCAAAAGUGAAUUUGUUUCYGAGUCUAGGAUCAUAUCCAGCUACGACUUUCCAGUUCGCUCAACACUGCCAAGGUGACGCCAAAGGCAGUAACAUCAAUAAUGGGAGGCGAUAAUUAGCAGCAGCGUAGCAGAUACUGUCUGACCCAGCGAUUAUCCGACGCGUCUCAGUGUCUCUUACCUUUCUGCAUCUCCCUGCAGAUGUUCUGUAGGGUUAGAAAGGUGAUGGGUUGGAAGGAGGUGUGUAGCAAGAACCGCCUCAAUGAAUUCUGUGGUUGCAGGAUUUCCAUCUUUGUUGUUUCAUUUGGCUCGCUGCAUUCUGAACCUGCAGUAACAAAGUGUUUCAAUGCCAUCGCUGCCAGUUUGUGCUCAGGAUGCAUCAUCCAACUGCCUGACAUGAGGCUUCUUCAAUCGUCUCUGUCCAAAUUGGUUGAUUUUUAGAGAUUUUUACUUUUAUUUAAUUUUAUUUAUUAUUAUUAUUAUUUUUUAUUAUUAUUUUUAAUGUUUUGAAAGWAGUUUGAAGGCAAAAUGCAAUAUAAAAUGGUCAAUAACUUGAGGUAAGAUGAAAUUAGGUAGCUUUUUAGCAAUACCCACAUACUUUUUAGGUGAAAGAGUUCUUUGUGACAAAAUAUGCAUGUUAUUUAAAUCAAACUAAAAUCUCAUUGAUCAACCGUUGGGUACAUAUUUUGGUGUGUAGAUGCACAAUGAAGACUUGUGAUUAUCUUUGAUAAAUAAGAAAGCGACUGAAUGUCACUGUCAUAGCAYGGUCGAGCAGCUGCAUUAAUGCAAAAGCCAUUUGCAUAUUUGUAAAUGUGAGACAAACACAACUUAACAUGACCAAAAAAAAAACUGUUGUCUAUGCAUGCAAGUGCACCACAUCUAAUUGUCUUCAUUCUUUUUUUUUUUUUUUUUUUUUUGGUGGACAGAAGCAAUGAUACAUGUUAACGUUUUAACAUUUUUCUGUUGUGUUUGACAUGGUGCAUGUCACUGUACCUUUGCAAAAUUCAGAUGUAGCAACUCACACCGGAGAUCACAACAUUGUAGUUUAACGUCCACAAUUAUUUCUGUUUAAAGCACAAAAAGGAGCAGAAUCAUCCAAAUCAAAGUGUAACCAUGUAGUACGGUUUUAUGGAGAGGACCACGGUCUCUGAGAAUAAAAUCUGUCAACCACUGAGGGACCCGCCAGCAAAUCCGCUCCAUGAGAAGAGGUCCUGCUGUGAAAAUACAGGGAAAUCUAUGCAGAGAAUGAUGAUAAGCUGGAAAUUUAUGUGAGAAAAGGAGAUUUAGGUUAAAAUUUAUUUUAAUGGUUUGUCAGGCAUUCGUUCCAUUAUUUAAAAAGUUGUCAGGGUAUUUGAAAGGAACCUCUUGAGCACAAAAUAAAUUAAAAAAAAAUAAUGUGAAUAUUAGCUUUCUGAGAUUCAGGUUUCUUUGAAAUGCCAGGUCAGCUCUCUGUAACAAACCGCCUCUCUUACUUACGAGACACUAGAUGCAAUCUGUGUGGAAGUGUGUUCGAAAAACCGACGUUCUUUUUGUUUCUUUUGACCCUGGAGCCUGACAUUGUUGCGUCCACUGAAACAAUAUGUACAGCUCUUCACCUCACCCCUGUCCUCCUGUAUCAUUGAGGCCUAAAAACACACAACAGUGCUGAUGCAGUGGAYGGUGAAUUUUCUUUCUGUGAAAUGAAAUGUGGAGGAAUAAUGUACAUAAUCAUGAAAUGGACGAUGGAGAGGAAAAAAAGAUGUACUACAUACUGUAUGUGAAUUUUGAAUUUAAAACAUAGUAUUAUCUGCACUUUACAACAAAAAAGGACAAUCUAAAGAUGGGAUAACCAUGGGAAAUAAACAAAAAUACUUUUAAUCCUUCCAAAUGAUCAUAACCAUGAYAAAAAAUAAUAAUAAUGAAGCCAAUAGUUAUUCAAAUGAAA